AAAGAAAUAUAUGAAUAUCUUUUCAGUUUUCCAACUGAUUUUUGAAGUCGUUAUUACUCACUUGCUCUCUUCUUCCUCUUCCCCCUAACCAUCAAAGUUCAUCCCAUUCCCAUUUCACUCUCUGAUUCUCUCAGCCUCCAUUCCCAGAGCAGAAUCCAUGAAUUUGCUCUGCGUAAAUUGCGUAACCGCGACUCCGUUCCCUGCCAAUCAGCAUCUGAGCUCGCGAGCUCACACUGUGCCGAGCCGUAGAAAUGCGCCGUCCAAGGCUCCGGCGUCGUUUGAUUACAGGCUCCGAAUGCGAGGAGGCAAGAAACCGUUGCGAUUCCGAGUUUCUAAUGCCGCAAUCGAAACGCGGAGGAGCUUGGCGGCGUCUGCGGGAGAAGGGCAAUUGACCAAACCUAGCGCCGCCAUGGAGCAGCUCGACUUCGAACGCGGCGUUUGCGUGCCGUUUCGCAAGUACAGUCCAGAAACUGUGAGAAAUACGGUGUUGAAAUCCAGAGGAGCAAUUGUGUCGUUACUUUCGAGGGGCGUGGAGAUUGUGUGGAGUUUGGGAUUGUACUGGUCUACCUUGGCGUAUGACUACUUCGUAGGAAGGGACGAAGAAGUUGUUUCAGAUCGUGCUCGGCAGCUUAGAAACCUCCUAUGUGAUUUGGGGCCUUCUUUCAUUAAAGCCGGCCAGGUUCUCGCAAACAGACCUGAUAUUAUCAGAGAAGAUUAUAUGAACGAACUGUGCAUUCUUCAAGAUGACGUUCCUCCCUUCCCCAAUCAGGUUGCCUUCGACAUAAUAGAAGAAGAAAUGGGGCGACCCCUCGAAGCUGUUUUCAGUAAAAUUUCUUCUCAGACGAUAGCAGCUGCCAGUUUAGGUCAAGUAUACCGAGCUACGUUACGUGACUCUGGCAAGGAAGUUGCUAUUAAGGUUCAGAGGCCGCAAAUAGAACCUAUAAUUUAUCGGGAUCUUUUUCUUUUCCGAACUCUUGCUUCAUUCUUAAAUGGCAUCAGUCUGCAGAAACUGGGGUGCAAUGCUGAGCUGAUUGUUGAUGAAUUUGGUGAGAAGCUUUUGGAGGAGCUUGAUUACACUUUGGAAGCCCGUAAUAUUGAAGAUUUUCUUCUGAACUUUGAAGGUGAUCCUACCGUCAAAAUUCCUCUAGUUUACAAAGAGCUUUGUAGUUCACGUGUUCUAGUGAUGGAGUGGAUUGAUGGCAUUCGGUGCACUAACCCACGGGCUAUUAAAGAAGCUGGUAUUGAUGUGAAUGGGUUCUUAACGGUUGGAGUCAGUGCCGCAUUGCGGCAAUUACUGGAAUUUGGGUUGUUCCAUGGGGAUCCACAUCCUGGAAAUGUUUUUGCCAUGCGUGAUGGGCGGAUUGCAUAUGUGGACUUUGGGAAUGUUGCUGUGCUUAGUCAGCAAAAUAAACAAAUUUUGAUUGACGCUGUUGUCCAUGCUGUAAACGAGGACUAUGUUGAGAUGGCAAAUGAUUUCACCAGACUUGGCUUCUUGGCUCCUGGGACCGAUGUCUCUCCUAUUGUUCCAGCUUUAGAAGCGAUAUGGCAGAACUCUGUUGGAAAAGGACUGUCUGACUUUAAUUUUCGAAGCGUUACCGGGAAGUUUAACCAAUUAGUCUACAACUAUCCCAUCCGUAUCCCGGAGAGGUUUUCCCUUGUCAUCCGUUCUUUAUUGACUCAAGAGGGCAUCUGUUUUACUUUGCAGCCAGACUUCAAGUUUCUUGAGGUUGCCUAUCCAUAUGUGGCAAAGCGCCUCCUGACAGAUCCAAACCCAGCUCUCCGUGAACGCCUCAUACAGGUACUAUUUAAAGAUGGUGUUUUCCAAUGGAAGCGGCUAGAAAACCUUAUUGUUCUGGCCAAAGAAAACGUGACCAAGAUGAGCAGCAAUCCUGCAUUCCAAGCUGUAGACACGCAACGGUCAAGAGAAUUGCAAGUUAGUAGGAAACUGGACCUCACUGACACCAUCAAAGAUGGAGCUCGCCUUUUCAUUUUUGAUGAAGGAAUUCGUAGAAAGCUUAUUCUUGCUUUGACGGAAGAUUCAAGGCUUCACAUUGAAGAGCUUGUGGAUGUGUAUAGACUCGUUGAAGAUCAGAUAGACAUACCGUCAGUUGCAAUGGAAGUAGCACGAGAUUUCCCCAGCGUUAUACGAGAUCUGAUGCUUUCGUGGACUGAUUCGGUGUUAUCUGAUAGAUAGACCAAGUUUUGGAGUUGGGCUUCAAAAACGUAAUCCGACUUACGAGUAUUAUACGACACGAAUCUUUACACUUUUAUCGGAUGAGAACCUGUUACCUCAAAGUUGUAAAUUGCCUUGCAAACGUUGUAAAUGAUAGACAUUCACUGUAUCUGUAUACGAACGGUUAUAUGGUAUAGCAAAAAGUAUCUGCAAACCAGUUGCAGUUUUUGGGGCAAAUCACAAAAUAUUAUCCCUUUUGGGGCAAUUGAAGUAGUAGUGACACUAUUACCAAAUAUUUGUAAUUACA